AUGGUGUCUCAGAGGGAAAUCGAGGCGAACCCGGACAAGAUUCGGGCUAUUAUGGACAUGGUACCACCAAGAAAUGUGAAGGAGGUGCAAAGCCUCAAUGGAAAGAGAGCGGCACUGAACAGGUUCGUGUCAAAGGCAACGGACAGGUGCUUGCCCUUCUUCCGAACAUUGAAGAAAUCCUUUGAAUGGACUAACGAAUGCCAGCAAGCAUUUGAAGAAUUGAAGGAAUACCUCUCCUCCCCACCAUUGCUGAGCCCGUUGCAGCCAGGAGAAGAGCUUUUUCUCUAUCUAGCCAUCUCCCCCGUAGCCGUUAGCGCAGCCUUGGUCAGAGAAGAAGAGAGAGUGCAAAAGCCCGUAUACUACGCAAGCCGAGCGCUUCACGGUGCCGAAGAAAGAUACCCACCUAUGGAAAAACUUGCCUUUGCACUAGUUACGGCACCCCGCAAGCUCAAACCAUACUUCCAAGCUCAUACGGUGAACGUCCUGACUGACAAACCCUUACGGCGGGCAAUGAGCAGCCCCGAGGCCGCGGGACGGUUGGCAUUGUGGGCUAUAGACCUGAGCGAAUUUGAUAUUCAGUACCUCCCGCGGACCACCAUCAAGGGACAGAUCAUCGCUGACUUUAUAGUUGAAUUCACUCAUGACGAAGACAAGAAGGCAACAGAGUCCCCUCAAUGGAGCAUAUAUACGGACGGAUCGUCCACCAGACAAGCCGCAGGGGCCAGCAUUGUGCUACAAUCGCCCGAAGGAGACACCAUUGAAUACUACGAGUGCAAAAGCGAAAAGAUGAAGAAGUACCUUGAUGAAGUAAGGGCAAGAGUGGAUGACCUAGAAGCCAAAGUCGUCCAAAUUCCCAGAGAAGAAAACGAGCGAGCCGACCGCCUCGCGAAGGCCGCUUCAGCAGAACAAAUGGUCAUCCCUGGUAAUGUACUCUCUUUCAUGCAGCUUUCUCCGCUAAUAGAUCUCAGCAACAUGCAGGAAAUACGCUCCGGCAGUAGCUGGACAACGUCGUUAGUUUCAUACCUAAAAGCUGGGAUCUUACCAGACGAAAAGAAAGCCGCAAGGAAGCUUAAGGUCCAGGCGGCGAGGACGAUGGCAAGAACACCCACAGGAGAGACACCGUUCCGCCUGACGUAUGGAGGCGAAGUAGUCAUCCCGGGCGAAGUUGGACUUACAAGUUACAGGGUACACAACCAUGAUGAGAACAAAAACGACGAGGCUAUGCGACUACAGCUCGACCUAGUGGACGAGAUCAGAGCAGCAGCAGAACAAAGGCUCGCUAGGUACCAGGACCGCAUGGCCAAACACUACAACUCUCAGGUCUGA